UCUCUCAUUUCUCUCUCUACUUUUUCAGCAACGUUCACAAUUACCACUCGCAAUCCACCAUGGCCGGAGCUUUCCUCCCGGCGGCGGAGCUAACCGAGAGCGGCCGUCCCAUACUAAAACCCGGCGAGGUGGAGUGCUCCCUCCUAUCCGCCGUUGACCUCCUAUCGGAAGAACUCCCCACCUUCCCCCACCUCAAAUCCGGUCUCCUAAUCCUCACCACCCACCGCCUCUUCUGGCUCCCACCGGAAACCAACAACCGCACAAACCCUUCCUCCUUCAUCCCUCUCUCAGCAAUCCAAAACAUCAUCUCCAACAAAAAGUCGAUCAAAUCCAUGUUCCACAGUCCCAGGAUCCGCUUCCAGGUUUCCGCCACCCAGGACGGAAGAAUCAUGGAGAACGGCGGCCGGAAUUCGGUGACGAUCACUCUGGUAGUGAGGGGUAAAACCGACCCGGAUUCGUUUGUUGGGAAAUUCUGGGAAGCUUGGAGAGGUAGGGCAUGGGAGGCAACCGGGUCCGCAUCCGGAUCCGGGUCGGCUUUGGGGGACGGUGGUGGGUCGGGUUCGGGUCCCCCGUUGGCGGUGCGGGCCCCGGUGGUGGGGGUGUCGGGUAUACUGAGGAAGGAGCAGGAAAUGUGGGAGAGUACUGAUAAGAGCUUGCAGGAUGCUUUUCAGGAUUUGAAUGCUCUCAUGAGCAAGGCAAAGGAGAUGGUGAUGCUAGCUGAAAAGAUGAGACAAAAGCUUUUAUCGGGAUCGAGUAAUCAAAAUAGUGGUGCGAAUGAUGAAGAGCUUGGUACUAAGGAAGAGAUGCAAGAUUGGUUGUUGAGUGUCGGUAUUGUAUCUCCUGUAACUAAGGAGUCCGCUGGUGCUUUGUACCAUCAGCAGCUAUCUCGUCAGUUGGCAGAUUUUGUCAAGAUCCCAUUGGAGAGAGCUGGUGGAAUGAUUAAUUUGAUCGAUAUUUAUUGUCUCUUCAACCGAGCCCGCGGCACAGAAUUGAUCUCGCCCGAUGAUUUACUGCAAGCAUGUUCUCUCUGGGAGAAAUUCGAUGUUUCAGUUAUGCUUCGGAAAUUCGAUAGCGGAGUCAUGGUUAUCCAGAGUAAAACCCACAGUGAUGAAGAGGUAUUUGCUAGAAUCAAGUCUUUGAUAAUGAAACCCGAGGCUUUACUAACUGGGGUUAGUGCAACCGAAGCUGCAAUGACUCUCGGUGUAGCCCCAGCUAUGGCUAAGGAAUAUCUUCUUACCGCCGAAACAAAAGGAUUGCUUUGUCGAGAUGUUAGUCCCGAUGGGUUUCGUUUUUACAUCAAUUUCUUUCUCGAACUUAAUUCCAAAGAUAUGUACCUUGUGAAAGAUCACAGUCGAUAUAGCACAUGGACUAGCGCAGUUUUGUCGAGGUAAAGUAGUGGUGAUUUGCUUCUUCGUUCAAGACGACUGAAAGUACUAUAGUAAGGGCAAGAUUCGGGGGUGCAGUGAAAAUUACGUUUUUGCCCUCGCGACCCCAACUUAACACACACACCGACACAAAUUGUGUAUAUUGCAACUGGUAUUUUCUCCUGUAAAACUAAAAUAAUAGGACAAUUUGGUCAUUUAUUAUAGUGUCUGGAUUUUGAUGAUCAAUAUAUGACCAAAUUACUGUGUGAUAAUUCUUACUUUGUAAUCAACAUAUUGGCGAUGAACUGACUAA